UUGUCACGGUAUGUAACACGCUCUCUUCGUAGCACGCGCUUUUUCGCGUCCAUAGCCGCUGUCCCUACCUCUGUUACUCAACUUACCUACUUGAUUUUACGGUCAGCAUAUGAACUUCAAGAUGCUGAGAAUCUUUGCUAGCAUCCUCUGCCUAUUGUUGGUUCACGCAGCAGAGGAAGAGGUCACAGAGGCACGGCUACUUGUACAGAAGCGGAUACUCAACAAAUUUCUUGUUGAGGGCAAAGACAUCAUUGUUGACUACAACAUCUACAAUGUUGGUGGGAGUGCAGCGUUGGACAUUAAGGUGUCUGACAACUCCUUCAAUCCUGCAUACUUCGAGGUCACGAGUGGUCUUCUGAGCUUCAAGCUCAACAGGCUUGCUCCCGGCAGCAAUGUCACUCACACUGUCGUCAUCAGGCCUCUGACAUUUGGCUACUUCAACUUCACAAGUGCUGAUGUUUCCUACAGGACAUCUGAGGACAGCCAAGAGAUACAGUUUGCCCACACCGCUGAGCCAGGGCAAGGUGGAAUUAUGCCAGUGCGCGACUUUGACAGGAAGUUCUCGCCCCAUGUGACUGACUGGCUGGCUUUUGCCAUUAUGACACUGCCAUCUCUCGGAAUCCCAUUUGUGCUUUGGUUCAACAGCAAGUCGAAAUAUGAAGCCAUCGUGAAGCAAUUCAAGAAGCACUAGGACACUUAUCAGUGCGGGUUUGGAAGGGUGCAUUGCAGUACCUGUUUGUUUUUAAUGUCCCUCAGUGUUUUUGUAUUAAAAUACAAAAUCUACA